AUGAUGCACAUCUACGUCCACCUCACCCUGCCUGCACCCCUCACUCCACCCACCCUGGCCCCCCCCUGCCUGCACCCACCCCUGACUCCACCCACCUCGGCCCAUGCCCCCCACCCUGCCUGCACCCCUCACUCCACCUCACCCUGCAUGCAUCGGUCCAUCCACCUCAGCGUGCGAUGUGUCGCCUCCUCGAUGCGCGGGCCUGACACCAGGCUGCUGACCACGUCAUCCAGAGCCAUGAUGAUUUCCCUCCCACAGUUCCCUCCCACAGUUCCCUCCCUCAGUUCCCUCCCACAGUUCCCUCCCACAGUUCCCUCCCACAGUUCCCUCCCACAGUUCCCUCCCACAGUUCCCUCCCUCAGUUCCAUCCCACAGUUCCCUCCCUCAGUUCCCUCCCUCAGUUCCAUCCCACAGUUCCCUCCCACAGUUCCCUCCCUCAGUUCCAUCCCACAGUUCCCUCCCUCAGUUCCCUCCCACAGUUCCCUCCCACAGUUCCCUCCCACAGUUCCCUCCCUCAGUUCCAUCCCACAGUUCCCUCCCACAGUUCCCUCCCUCAGUUCCAUCCCACAGUUCCCUCCCACAGUUCCCUCCCUCAGUUCCAUCCCACAGUUCCCUCCCACAGUUCCCUCCCUCAGUUCCAUCCCACAGUUCCCUCCCUCAGUUCCCUCCCACAGUUCCCUCCCUCAGUUCCCUCCCACAGUUCCAUCCCACAGUUCCCUCCCACAGUUCCCUCCCACAGUUCCCUCCCACAGUUCCCUCCCACAGUUCCCUCCCACAGUUCCCUCCCACAGUUCCCUCCACAGUUCCCUCUCACAGUUCCCUCCCACAGUUCCCUCCCACAGUUCCCUCCCACAGUUCCCUCCCACAGUUCCAUCCCACAGGCACCUGGAUGGCGAUGGACUCUUCUGUGCAGCAACGACACCUGCCACGGUGCACAGCGGUGGAGAGGAGUGCAGGGCGGUGGAGGCCGGUGUGCGGCAAAGCACGCAGUGUGGUGGCGGCGGCAAGCAGCAGCAAGAGCACCCGGUCUGUGGUGCGGCAGCGUCAUUCGCGCCGCUCGCGCGCGCCCGUGGGUCGCCAGUACCUGCCGCCGCCGGCGGGAGAAGGGAGGGGCGGGGCGGGGGAAAGGAGGGCGGGGGGAAGGAGGGCGGGGGGAAGCGAGGCGCGGGGGAAGGGAGGGGCGCACGCGGGAAAGGAGCCCAAAAACGCAACAGUUUCGCGUGUGCGUGA